UGCCUAGGGCCAAUAUCCUGCAUCCACGCUAUCACUUUGGUUUCCUCUGAAGUGGAAGACAUCACAGCAGUCACAGCAGACGUUACUGGUUGAGCAUAUCGAGAAUUUGAAGAAUAUCAUCGUCAACGACAUCACUGUCAUUGUCCAAGUCAAGGAAUUUAAGAAAUGGGGGACAGCAGCUACCUUAACCAGCACUACGAGGAGCAUGUGCGAUCUCGCAUUGACCUGGUGAACUCCCUGAUGUCUCUGGGAGUGGAGCAGGACUUGUCUCUGCCUGCCAUCGCUGUCAUAGGGGACCAGAGCUCAGGGAAGAGCUCAGUGCUGGAGGCGCUCUCUGGGGUGGCACUGCCCAGGGGAACCGGCAUUGUGACUCGCUGUCCACUGGUACUGCAGUUGAAGAGAGCCAGCCACGGCACUGCUUGGUCUGGGAGGCUUUCAUACCAGGGAUACGAAGUGGGACUUGAAAAACCAGAAGAUGUCGGAGAUGAAGUCAUUGAAGCCCAGAAUACUCUUGCAGGUGAGGGGCACGACAUCAGCGACAAGAAAAUCAACCUGGAGAUCUUUGCCUCCAAUGUUCCUGAUCUGACCCUCAUUGACCUGCCAGGCAUUGCUAGAGUUGCCACUGGCAACCAGUCUGACAAUAUUGAUGAAAAGAUUAAGAAACUCAUACUGCAAUACAUCAAACAGCAAGAGACCAUCAUUUUGGUAGUGGUGCCAGCAAAUGUUGACAUCGCCACCACUGAGGCUCUGCGGAUGGCUAAAACAGUGGACCCUGAAGGACAAAGGACUCUGGGCAUCUUGACAAAGCCAGAUUUGGUGGACAAAGGUGCAGAAGAGGGAGUUGUCAAAACUCUGAACAACCAAGCUAUCAGGCUGGAGAAAGGGUACAUGGUAGUCAGGUGUCGUGGCCAGAAAGACAUCACGGAUGGCAUGUCUCUGGACAAAUCUCUUCAGAAAGAGAGAGAGUUCUUCUCAAAUCACAUGAACUUCCGCAUUUUCCUGGAUGAAAGAAAAGCAUCUAUUCCCCACCUGUCGGAGAAAUUAACCAAGGAACUGGUGUAUCACAUCGGCAGGUCCAUUCCACUGCUGGAGAGGCAGGUGAUUGACAAACUGGAGCAGACAUCUACACAGCUGAAAUUGCUGGGAGACAGAAUCCCUGAAGACGAGGCUGGCAGAGUUAAAUUCCUCACUGGGAAAAUUCUCGAAUUUACUCAGGUCCUCACAAAUGUGGUCAGAGCAGAGGAGGAUUUAGAGGAUUCCGACACCCGGGUUUUCACAAAAAUUCGGAACCUAUUCAAGGUUUGGAAGGCAGAACUUGAUGAAAAAGACAAACGACUGAAAAGGAAAAUGGAUGCAGCGGCCAUGAAAGAAUAUGCUGAACAGCACAGAGGAAAAGAGCUGCCAGGCUUUCUCAACUACAGGAUAUUUGAAGACCUUGUCAAGGGACACGUGAAGGAAUUGGAGGUCCCAGCAUUAGAUCUUCUGCGAUGUUGUAAAGAUAUCAUUUGCAUGAAUGUCAGUGAGAUCACCACAAAGUUCUUUGAGAUUUACCCCUACCUGAUGAGGGAAGUCAGGAUUAACCUGGAGAAACUGAGGGACCAGGAGUACAAAAGGGCGGAGAAGAAACUGAAGUCCCAGUUUGCCAUGGAGAAAAUGGUCUACUCGGAAGACGGCCUCUACAUUGAGAAGUUCUUAGUGGUUAAAUCGGAAACUGAGGCGGACAAGAAGUCUAACUCGAAAGAUUCCGAUUUUGAUGGGACGACUCAACACCUGAGAGCCUACCUUAAAAUCACUACAGAUCGCCUAGUCAAUCAGGUGCCCCUGAUCGUGCUUCAUCACAUGCUGGACCAGUACAUUGGGCAGAUGAAGGAGGCCAUGUUGGGCAUUUUAACACACAAGAAGUUUGAGAAGUUUACAGAGGAGAGGUCUGAUGUUGCCCAGGAGAGGAAGAAUCUCCGCAGCAGAAUGGAACGCCUCGAAGAAGCCAGGCAAGCUCUCAACAGCUUUGUCCCAGUUUAAAUAUGCAGUGGGUCAAGGAGGGUACAGUUCUCUCUCUCUCUCUCUCUCUCUCUCUCUCUCUCUCUCUCUCUCCCUCUCUCUCUCUCGUUCCUAUUCUGUGAUUAAAAAAAUGCAUCUUAAAUUUUGGCAGAUGCUCCAUACUUUACUAGCAUGUUUCUGGUCUGCAUACACUUAUUUUUAAAAAGAAAAUCUAGCUUCUAAAGCUCAGUUGUCAGUGUGACUUUUAAUUGCAGUUGGUGUAUCAGGGGUGUUAUUUUCUUUUUUUCUCUCUCAUUUAUGACAUUUUAAACAUUCAAUUUCUGCAAGGGAUGACCAUUUCUGAAAGUUGUCCUCCUCGUAGUGCUGAGUCAAGGUCUUAGGCAAGAAGAGGGAACAAUGAGGAGCAUAGGCGUGCACAGAUAGGGACGAGGUGGUGCUAUAGCACCUGCCCCUUUGCCCUCCUGGAAAAGUUGUUUUUUGAAAGUUUUUUUUGUCACAGUGUACUGUGAUCCAUGUUGACAUGACAAUCUACAAUUGCUUCACAGUCAAAAGUUAUGUUGGUGGCUAUGGUUGUUGCCUAUGAUUACGUCCUUGAUUGUUUGGGUUAAAAAGCACCUGCCAAAUGCAUUGUAAUGUAAUGUAAUGUAAAAAAGCAUGUGGCAACAAUACCCUGAUAUAAUAUAGGCCUAUAGUCUUAACAGCCUCAGGCAGCCAGCAUUCCACUUCCAAUACUCUUAGAGCAGGGGUGUCAAACUCAGGCCCGGGAGCCAAAGUUGGCCCGCGGAGCCAUUUUUUGGCCCGCAAGAUCAUUUCAAAUGUGUAUUACGGUGGGCCCACAUACCCCAUUAAUAUAUAGAAAAUAGAAGGCUAAAUUUUGUGUAUCACAGGAAUUAUGAGUGGUCCAUAUAGUGUUGGCAUACUUGAAGAUAGAAGUAUACGAUAUACGAGUAUCUCUGGCCCAUGGUCGUAGGUAGGGAAAAUUGAUUUAGUCACUGUAAUCUGGGCUAUUGGAAAUGUUUGUUGCCUACUACACCCAUGAUACGUUGUGGGAAUAUAUUUUCUUCUGUUGUAGAUGAUGAAAAUACAUGCAGUACAAUAAAUUAAAAAAAAUGUUAAUAAACUGCCGAUAUUGCAUGGUUAUAUUUAUUCCUCUGAUA